AUAAAAGAGCAUGCCGUCCAAAACUUGCAUUUAUUUAUACACAACAAGUAUAAUUAGCAUUCCAAGGAACAUCAAAAAGUUUUAAACACAAUGGCGAUCCCAGCGCAGUUGAUACUCUCUUUCUUCCUCCUAUUCUCUUUUUCGACCACCGCACUUGCCGACGAUCAAGAUUGUGUAUAUUCGGUGUACAUAAGAACGGGAUCUAUCAUCAAAGGCGGAACCGACUCCAUCAUCAGCCUAAAACUCGAAGAUGCCUACGGCGAGUCCGUCGAGUUCAGCAACCUGGAAACAUGGGGUGGGUUAAUGGAGCCAGGACACGACUAUUUCGAGAGGGGUAACUUGGACAUUUUCUCCGGUAGGGGUCGUUGCUUGGAUGCUCCUGUAUGUUCCAUGAACUUGACCUCGGAUGGGUCGGGUACGGGCCAUGGAUGGUACUGUAACUACGUGGAGGUCACCAUGACAGGCGUCCAUACACCUUGUAGCCAGCAGCAGUUCACGGUGGAGCAAUGGUUGGCGCUGGACACCUCACCCUACACCCUCACUGCCAACAGGAACUACUGUCCAUCGGAGAUUCCUGAUGAUCAGCAUGAUCGCAAGUCUAGCUUUACCAUGUGAUUACUGAUUAGGCUUGUGUACCGUAUUAAUUAAUGUAAUAAUUAGAACAAUAAUAGUGAUGAGGAGUGUGGGGGGGUAAGGUUUGAUUUUGUUGAUCUGCCAUAGUUUGGUCAUGUGAUGUUUGUCGUGUAAUGGGAAAUCUUGGAUCCCAGAUGCUGUAUUUCCUUCCCCACGUUAAUGUUGUCGGAUAUUUUCAGAAAAAAGAAAAAAGAAAAGUUGUCGGGUAUGGAAAUCACCAUUAUGCGGUUUCAUUUUUAGGCCGAAAAAGGUUUCUUUCUUCCA